UACCGAAUGAAUGCGGAAGUGCAGACUUCUUCCGGCAGACGUGACUGCACUGUGCUCUAGACUUGUUCUUGGUUUAUUUUUAUUAUUAUUAUUUGUUCAGUUUUUCGAAGCGUUAUGGCAGCCAGAAAUCCUGGAAUACCGCUUGAUCUUGGAUGGCUGUCCAGAGUCCAUGUGAAUCAACCUGCAGUUCUGAGACGAGCAGAGCAAAUUCAGACAAGAAGAACUGUAAAAAAAGACUUUCAAGCUGCAUGGUUAAUUAAGGCUGUCACAUGCAUUGACCUCACCACUCUUUCAGGAGAUGACACCCCUUCAAACAUCCACAGACUUUGCUUUAAAGCUAAACAUCCAAUACGAAAGGAUCUUCUGAAGAGCCUGAAGAUGGAUAAUGCAGGCAUUACGACUGGUGCAGUUUGUGUCUAUCCAUCCAGAGUCUCCGAUGCUGUGAAGGUACUGAAGGCUGCUGGUUGUAAUAUCCCUGUAGCUUCAGUGGCCACAGGAUUUCCAGCAGGACAGACUCCACUGAAGACAAGGUUGGAGGAAGUCAAAAUGGCUGUGGAAGACGGAGCAACAGAAAUUGACAUUGUAAUCAAUCGAACUUUAGCACUCACAGGCCAGUGGGAAGCACUGUACCAUGAGAUUCGUCUCUUCCAUGAAGCUUGUGGAGAAGCUCACAUGAAAACUAUCUUGGGAACAGGAGAGCUGGGAUCACUGUCUAAUGUCUAUAAAGCUAGUCUUGUUGCAAUGAUGGCAGGAUCUGAUUUCAUCAAGACUUCUACUGGAAAGGAAGGGGUGAAUGCCACAUUCCCUGUAGCCCUAGUUAUGGUACGAGCCAUCCGAGAUUUCUACUGGAAAACGGGUUAUAAGGUUGGCUUUAAACCAGCUGGGGGUAUUCGCAGUGCUAAGGAUGCUGUUGCUUGGCUGUCUCUUAUGAAAGAAGAACUGGGAGAUGAUUGGCUAAGACCAGAGCUCUUUCGUCUGGGAGCUAGCACUUUGCUAGGUGAUAUUGAGAGACAGAUCUAGAGUUAUAUUUUUCAUCAGGUAUACCACCAUGUCACAGGAAGAUACGCAGCUCACCAUGAUCUCCCCAUGGCCUGAACAUGUGAUACAAUGCCAUACUUGCUAUUCAUGCACUAAAAAGAAGAGCACGGGCUUUAGUAUUAGGCUAUUUGUAGGUGUACCCAACAGUAGGCAGCACUUAAUACAAGUUAGUUUGGGAGGUUCUUUAAUUAUUCUGAAAAGUAGUAAAGAAAAAUGAGAAGUUACAAUUCAUUGAAACAAUGGGUAGAAAUCACAUUCAUCUAGCAUGUGUCCCUUAAAAGAAAUGUUCAGCCAAGCAGUUUCCCGAGGAAACAGUUUGCCAAAACAUGUGGCAGUUCCUAAUUGUAUAUUCAAACUGCGAAUGCUAUUAAUUUUUUUUAACAGUAUAUUGACUUUUUUUCCUGAAGAAGUUUAUACUGUGAUGAAUAAAGAUUUUUGUAUGA